GUAUGUUCCACUAGAGAGAAUUAUUAUUAUAGAGGAUAAAAUUGUAUUUCCUAUCACAGCGCCCAUUCUAGUGGGAUACCUACCGGCUCCACGUGUCAUGUGUUUCUUGUUGUCACCCACAGGGGGAAAUCCUUGAAAGUUCAAACCUAUCCUUUAACCUUUUUAUUUUUUAUUUUUAAAAAUGGCCCCACUUAGAUUACGGUUUCCUCUAUAAGAACGGUUUGAUAGUGUCACCACUCUUGCAAAAUUAUAGACAAAACCCAUCAGUCACUACACAGAAUCGCGCCUCUCUCGCUUCUACCCUUUUUACUCUCACUCUCUCAAACCCUCUCUUCUUCUUCUUCUUCUUCUUCGUGUAUAGUUUAGUAAAUAUAUCUCCAUGGGAAUCAAUGAUAAGAACAACAAUGCAUAUGGAAAAGACCCAGAUUAUGGAGCAAUCUUUAUGUCAAAUAGUGAAACAAAAAGAGAAUGCUUCAAGAGGGGAUUAUUUGGCCUCCCGUCUUCUGAUAUCCAGUUUGUAGAGCAGAUUAAAACUGGAAUGAUUUUGUUCUUAUUUGAAUACGAGAAGAGACAACUGCAUGGUGUGUUCAAGGCAUCCUGUGAUGGAGCUAUCAAUAUAGUACCAAAUGCGUUUGCGAAAGUGGGGAAGCAAUUUCCUGCUCAGGUUAAGUUCGAUGCAAUUUGGCUCUGUAAGCCACUGCCUGAAAAGUUGUUCCGUGAUGCAAUCAGAGAAAAUUACUUUACAUCAAACAAGUUUAACUUUGGGCUAUCUGAAAAUCAGGUUCAUGAACUUCUAUAUUUGUUCAAUGAGAGAAGGCUAGAACCGGAGGCUUCUCCUGGGAGACUGUUGUCCAGCAAUGAAGACUUGAAAUCAGAGUGGUACUCUUUAGGCAAAGUUGGAAGAUCUGUUGAUCAUGGAAUGUGUAUUGAAAGACUUCAAAAUGAGCAAGAUGUGGGUGGUAGCAUCUCAGCCAUCAAAAUGCCUAAUCGCCAAGGAGAUUCUUUGCUGUACAAUGGAGAAUAUAAAUAUACUGGAUUAAAUGCAAGUGAUAUUAAGCAAGGAAGGACUGCUCAGUUUUCGGUGGAUACUACUACAAGUGAGUAUGUUAGUGAUUAUUUGGGAUUAAAGAAUGAAAGUAGGUUUGCUGCAUAUGAGAAUGAGGAUUAUAUGGAUAUCUGUCUCAGGCCAAACUUCAUAGGUGGAUACUCCAAAAGUCCAUCUGAUAAAAUUAGAAAUCAUGGUGAGGGAAGGUUAUCAAUUAGGGAUGGGCUCAUGAGUAAAUCCCUACCAGAGACUGAUCAGAGGAUUUUAUUUUCAAAUGAUAUUCCUGGUUUGAAUAAUUCUGAUGUCAAUCCAUCUGGCUUUUACAGCAAGCAUAUUUUGGAGCAUAAUCCUCUUGUUCAAAAUCGGCUUAGGCCAACUUCUACAAUGAUUCACCCAAUCCAGUCACAGAUCUUAAACAAUACAGGUGUAACCCAAAGAGAUACUAAUUCUAACAGUAACUCCCUUCUGUGUGAUCCAGAUGCUCCUGGUUUAAAUUUUAGCCGGGUAUCAUCUGCUGGAAUUAAUGAUGGUUCUAAGCCAAUAAUGGAAAGCACUUCUCCUUCAAACAACUAUGGAAGGAAAUCCUUGAGCAGUCAACCAUGUCUCAUUCGUAAAGAACUGAAAGACAUGAGCAGGUGGCACACUGCUGGGGGUGACUUGCAAAAUUCUGUUUUUUAUAGUAGCAACAGGGAUUACAUGCCUCUCAACACGGUUCAAAAUUCUGAUCAGUUGGCAGCAGAAUCUGUUGUUUAUGAGGCUUGCGACAUUCCAUCCUUAUCACCUUCUAUCCCUCCUCCAGAUAUUGGAAGGAGUAGCAGUCUACAUGAUCCCUUUUCUUCUUUGCUCCAUAUCCACCAAUCAUGGUUAGGCAACAAUUUUCAUUCCACAACUUUGCAAGAAAACCUGAGUCAUGACAUAACACUACCGAAGAACUAUGACACAUAUACUCCUGAAAUUUCAUGGGCAAAUGAGGGUCAUUUCAAAGAUGGUGAUUCAUUAAUCCAUGAAUAUGAUAUUGGAUGUGGUUCUCAAAAUAAUAAUUCUGGUUAUCCAAAGAAAAAGAGUAGUGUUUUUUCUCGAUUAUCUUUUAUGCAGGAUAGCAAACAAGAAAAUGGAAACAAUGUGAGGAAUGAGGGUUAUGAUUUCCAUACUUCAGUUGAUGCAGUGAUGGAAAGGGUUCGGCUGAAUCACAACAAGUGGAUGAAGAAAAGAAAGCCAAAGCCUAUGCACAACAAAGCUGAAAGUCUGAAGUAUAAAACUCAAAUCAGUAGCUCGAGGAAGAAGGAGGGUGAUUGCUUUGAAAAUGCCUUGACUAAUCAAACUAUGGAUUUGUCUACUGCAACUGAAGGCAAUGCUAAAGAAACAGCUGAAGAGACAUGUUUUGUGGAUUUCAAGCGUCGUAGCAAAGUGAGGAAACUUAGUGAUGAAAAUGAGAUCAGAAGCUCCAAUGAGAGUGAAAAGAAUGAGAAUUUGGUGUUUGGGCAACAAAAGAAAAGAAAGUUGAUCCGCCCAAAUUUCAGCAAGAGUAUAACUUCUGAUGAUAAGGGCAUUGACCUCAGUGCUUCUCAAAACUUACAAGUACCAUCAUCUCUUGGAAGUUAUACUGUUAAGGAUGUUAAGGAAAGCUGCUGUGUUUUUGUUCAAACUGCGGACAACAGUAAAGCUGAUGCUGAAGUAAGAAAUAUUAUUAGUGAAACACAUUCUGAGAAGAGUAGUCAUGCCAGGGGAUAUGCCUGCAUUGAAGGAGGAGAAAGAGCAGCUGAUAGUGCUCUUGCUGCAUUUAAUGUUAAAUCAAAUGCUGAAGUACAAAACAUUCAUCGAACACAUUCUGAAGAUAAGAAUAAUAGUAGUCGUGCCAGGGGAUAUGGCUGUGGUGAAGGAGGAGAAAAAGCAAUCAAUGGUGCUCUUACUGCAUUGAAUGAUGGAUCAAAAUGUCUUGACAACAUAAGCCAGAAUGUUUUUGCCUCAGCUUCUUGCAAAGACGUGCAAAACGGUUUAUGUUCGAUGGAUAGUAUAAAAUCAGCAUCUCUGAACACAGGAUCGUUGCGUUCAAUUCGUCAAUGUCAAGAGAAUCAUGCACAUAAGAUCAUAUGUGCUGGCCGAGGUAUUAAUACUGACAAAGAAAUGCCAAAAGAUUGCAGCUCCUCCUUUAAAGAUGGAUCUGAAUAUUUAAAGAACUCUGGUAAUGAAAAGGCUCCAAUUGAAACUUCGUGUCCUAUGAAGGAAGGUUUACUUGUGAUGAAUAGUAUAAAAUCAGCAUCUGCCGGUAAAAACUCACUGCACUCAAUUUGUCAAGAACACCUUACAGGUAAGAUCAUAUGUACUGGCAGAGGAAAUAAUACUAAACAAGAAAUGUCAAAAGAUGGUGACUACUUUGCUGGUGUUAAAGAUGGAUUUGACUGUUUACAGAAUUCCAAUAAUGACAAUGCUUCAAUUGCAACUUCUUGUUUCCAGGAAGGCUUAUGUAUGACUGAUAGUAAAAAAUCACUAUCCCAAUCACUGCCUUGGAUUCCUCAAGAAUGUAAUGUUGGAAAGGUUAGAUGUGCUGGCAGGGUUACUAAGACUGAAGAAAGAAUGCUAAAAGUUGGCAGAUCACCCAUUAGUACUGAAGUUCAGGAUGGAUCUGACAGUUGUCAGAACCCUGGCAAUGAAGACAAUGCUCCAAUUACACCUUGUGAACUACACAAGAUGGCUUGAGCCUGAUUCUGAAGCAGAUUGAAACCGCAUUUCAAAGAGGCGUGUGGCUCCUCCAUGUAUCAUUUUGGUGUCUCAUCUGUUGGGAUGGCUGCAGCGGUUGGUUUCAUUAGACUCAUGCUUACUUACUGAGAGGCAAAUCAAGUUGCUGAUUUUUUGCAAAUCAUGGUUUGAGUUUGCAAACCAUAGAGAUGAUCUUCUAUGUUCCCCCUGAUUUUGUAGAGUUGGCUUUUGUUAGCUGACAAUGCUGCUGGGGGAUUCAAGCUUCUUUUUUCUUUUUUUCUUUUUUUAAUUUUCCAUUGUCCACAAAAAUAGAAUAUAGCUUGAGGCUUGAGCAUUUACGUAUGGCUCACACAUGCCAUUCUCUAUGAUGGUAUAGUAUUUCGGGGAAGUUCAGAAAGAUGUACAGGAUGCUCUGCCCAUUGCGGUAGACCUUAUUUUGGGAAGGGUGCUGUUAGUAUGACAAGGGUAGAAGUCAUGUUUGGUACGCCAGUGGGUCUUAGUUCAACUGCUGAAAAUAUAUAAAUAUGUUUUUAGGAUGUUUAAAUGUUGGAAACGAUUGCAGUCUCUCGAUUUUCCUUUCA